UUCAACUCCUCCUCAAUCUGGAACAUAUUUGAGUCGCCACCGCCGGGCGGAGGAGUCGGAAGAGGUGGAGGAUUCACAGCCACGGACACCCGAGGACGACGAGGGAACCAUCCAGCUCUCGGCAGUUAUGGCGACCAUCGUGAUGGAGAGACUCGGCCACGUGUUCAUCAGCCUGCAGCAGAUCAGGCAAGUUCCCCGAAUGCUCACGGAAGCCUCGCCGUCCAUGCCCGACACCGUCAGAGACACUGAGGUCCCACGCUACUUCAGGGAGCACCACGUCUGCACCGGCUACCGACAGCUUGACCAAAGCUGGCGCUACUACAUCCUGUCCUUGUUCCAGCGCCACAAUGAGACCAUCAACAUCUGGACGCACCUGGUGGCAUUUUUAGUUUUCCUGGUUAAAAUGCAGCAGCUUGUGGAGACUGUGGACUUUGUUGGUGACCCACAUUCAUGGCCCCUGUUGAUCCUCAUGCUGUCCUCUUUGAUCUACACGGGGUUCAGUGUAACAGCCCACAUGAUGGGCGGCAAGUCUGAACUGUGCCACUACAUCUUCUACUUCCUGGACUAUGUCGGGGUGGCACAGUAUCAGUACGGCAGUGCCGCGGUUCACUUUUACUACGCUGUGGACCAGAGCUUGCACGGACUCCUGCGUGGGAUCUUCAUGCCUGCUGCCACUGUCCUCAGCUGUCUGUCAUUCUUGGGUUGCUCCUACGGCAAAUACUGCAACCUUAGCAAACCGACAUGGGUGCGUAAGCUGUGCCAGGUGCUGCCCUCAUCGCUCGCCUACAUGUGGGAUAGUAGUCCUGUGGCUAAGAGAUUGUUCUCCUGGUCCACGGCCGGCGAUGACCCGGCCAUUGUCUAUCACUUUGCCCAGGUGGCCUUCUUUCUCAGCUGUGCCUUGUUUUUUACCUGCCCCGUGUUGGAGCGCUGCUUCCCCGGUCGGUGCGACUUUGUGGGCCAGAGUCAUCAGGUAUUCCACGUCUUUCUGUCUUGCUGCACCCUGUGUCAGAUCCACGCGUCUUACCUCGACUACGUGGGCCGCAGGGAGUUGUACUCGCGUCUGCACGAGAGUGGCGAGGCCACCAUCAUUGUUGGACUCUACGCACUGACGUUGGUUUCCUGUGCGCUCAUUUUUGCCGCCAUGAUACGUAAAGUUAAACGAGUGCUUGACCUCAAGACCAAAUGAGUGAUUGGAUACCGGAGGAGCUAUUGUACGUUCAAAAGUAUUUAUGUGCUUUUCUUUCCAAACGCACGGCUUUAUAGAACGGGAAUGAAUCAUUUUUAAUGCAAGCCUUUUUAAAGUAAGACUCUAAAAAGACCCAUUUAUACUCCAAUCAUCCGUUUCAUGUCCCUCUAUCCCAAAUGUUCUCCACGCCACUACUCUACAUACCUCCGUGCAUCUUUUGCAUUGGACGGACGAAAUGAGCGCAAAGUGUGGACAAAAAGCUCCAUCCAUCUCCAUCUCUGUGUCCGUCUUUUGUGUGUAAAGGUAACUAUAGCAGGCUACGUUUAAAAGAGAAAUGUAACUCACACCACAGUAUGUGCCUCACCUGGCGACUGUCCGCUGUUGCAGCCACAGGUUUGCUUCCACCUUUUAUCGUGUGUCCUCCCCACUCUCUGCCCCCUCAGCCUCAAAUUAGAUUAUAAUUAUAACAAACAAAAUAUAUGUCCCACCCCUCCCAUCAGCCCCCUUGUCAAAGCUCCACCCCCAAAACCACCAGAAAGUCGCAGUCUUUCGUGGGAACUGCGAAUUCCGGUUGCACUUCCAUCUACCAUUUUUCCCUGACUUGCGUGCUAUCCUCUGCUUCAGCUCCUAGAAUGUAUAUUAAAAAUAGGUGUAGUCCUCAGGAAAUGGGACGCAAGUAGCAGUUAGCCACCAGGGGGCGCCUCCACUGUUCACUUCUGAAGUCUAUGGCAAAUGUAAUUAUUUUCCUGAGGAGCAAUGGUCUCAAUCCCCAGUUUCAGGUCUUCUUCUUCCACAGUACACAAUGUCAGUUUUGUAAAAAUACGUUCCCAUUCAGAGGGAAAUAGACAGUUUGAUUUAACACCAGUGUGAUUGACAGCUGGUAUGGUCCAAUAGGAGCCUGGUUGCAGGUGAAAUCUGUCAAAUCAUGGUCUCUUGAGGCUUCAAAACACAAAACUUUCUAUAUUUCUAUACACAGUCUGUUCUUCAGCUGUUUCCAGACGAUGUUCACGUGCAGGUGAGCAGGUCGUUAGUGACCAACAGGAACGAAGAGUUUGAGAUACAAAUUAGAGACCUUAGCGUUAAUGUAAAUAGCUGCUGAGUAAUCAAAGUAAGUCCCACAAAACCAGAAUGAAGUGCAGUGAUUUGACAAAUACUGAUUUUAUUCAGUUGCUAUGUGUCGAUCAAAAGCAGUUAGAAUUAACAAAGACUAACCACAUGUGGACACAGUUGCCUUUGACAUGAUAUACAGUUGAUGUUAAUGAGUGUCACCACUGUUAGUGGUUAUAAUACAGUAUUUAGAGUGAUAUAUGAAAAAGCACCAAACCUGAAUGUUAGGUUUGGAUAUAGAACCCAGAAUAAUUGAAUGAUUCUUUUGAUUAGUAUUUAAAUGAUUUAAAUAAAAGUCAAAGUAAUCACACCUUAGAGAAGAACAGCACAGAACAAUUCUCCAAGUAGUAAAAUAAAAACAUUUUACAUGGUACAACAUGUAGACGGCAUUUGUUAUUGUGCCUCGAGUCUGAUGUUUGCACAGUUUACAUCGAGUCGGUGCUGAUUUAGUGAUUUAGUGAUUUAGUGCAUUAGAUAAUGGCUCAGAAAACACAACUGUAGGAUUGAAAUUGUCAUGAUGUCAUGAGGUGUUUAUGGCCACACUGAGAUUUAGAUAGAAUAUUAAAAAAUGAAUUUAUAAAAAAGUAUUUUUGCACAAUUUAUUAAUUAAGCGCUUCUUUUAGACACACACACACACUAAACUGUGUUUUAGGAUGUCAGCAGUUACUGUAUUAUGUCCUUUUUCACUGCACAUGUAAAACACAUGUUCCUGAUAAAAUGAUAACAAUGUUCUCUGAUCAGUUGAAGUGACCCAGUAAACCAGCAAUGCACAGAACCGGGUCACUGACACUGGAACAAAUGCAGCCAUGUUUGGUUUCAUUAUGGACAUGUGAGCCUUUACUACUGUUCAAUCAUUUAAUAACUACUGCACUGUAAAAAAAAAGUCUCAUUAAUAAUGUUUGUCACUCUUGAGUCAUGUAGGGGAAAAGUGUGUGUGUGUGUGUGUGUGUGUGUGUGUGAGUGUGUUACACACUCACAGAUAAAAGAUAAAGGGACCAUGAUAAUGUACAUUAUGUCUUUGGGAGAUGAUGAUGAUGAUGAUGAUGUCGACUACUGACCUUAAAGAUAUUAAAUAUAAGGGCUGUGGUGUUUCAGAAGGUCUUGUUACUCACAGCUUACCUCCAGGCCUACAGAAUGUAUUAUAGUUCAAACUGUAUUUAUAAAACGUUGUUAUCUUGAUAUUUCACUGAAUGAUUAACCUCAUCGUCAGUAUAGGAAAUUGAGCUGUAACCUUUUUGUGUUCUCCUGGUUUAUUUUGUUGUGUUGUGUUAAAGCUGUAGUGUGUAACCUUUAAAUAAAGACAGUUAGUCACAGAGUGGGACUAAGCACCCACAAAAACCUGGUCUGACGCAGCACACGAAUAACGUUAAAUGGCUUCUGUUCAAGGACAACAAAUGACAACAAACACAAGAGUUACACACUGCAGCUUUAAGAAACUGUACGACUAUAUGAGAAUGAUCUUAAAUCUAAUCUUAAAUCUUUUUCCUGGAAAACACUUCAUUCUCAUUCUGACCUUUGAGUUGUGUUUUAUUUUCAGACUUCAUAUUUUAGCCUUUUACAAAGACCAAGAGCCACCACAGAGUGCCAUGAAACCAUGUUUGUGUUGUUGUUGUUGUUGUUGUCAUGAUGAUCGUACGGUGCUGCUGGGACCACUCUAACUUAUUCCACUGACAAAUAAAAACAUCUCAUAUCAA